GUCUAUUGUUAUAUUGUUACAUGCGCAGUAUAGUUGCGUUAAGCCAUGCGCAAUCGAUAUCAAAAGUUUUAGCCGUCAUCUGUUGUGUUGGUGUGUCUAUAUUUUUGUGGAGUUUGAAGAGAUUCCUGAGUUAAAUAUCAAAAAGUUUUGUAAAAUUCAGUCAGUCACUGUGCUACUUUAUUCUAGAGUUCUAAAGAAUUUUAGCUGUUGAAAAUGUUUUCCUUCCAUAGACCAAAAGUUUAUAGAUCUACGACUGGAUGUUGUAUUUGUAAAGCGAAAUCGAGCAGUUCAAGAUUUACUGACAGUAAAAAGUAUGAGGAAGAUUUUCUUGAAUGUUUCAAAUUAGCAACUCCAAGACAAGGGGAAAUAUGUAAUGCAUGUGUUUUACUUGUGAAAAGAUGGAAGAAGUUACCAGCUGGAUCAGGUCGAAAUUGGCAGCACGUUGUGGAUGCGAGAGCUGGUCCAGGUAUAAAGUCUAUGACUAAAUUCAAGGUUAAAAAUCGCAAACUUCUUGAAGAGAAGGCUGAAAAGCUCAAGAAAAAGCAGUUUGAUAGAGAAGACAGUCCAAACCUAUCUGAUAAAAGUGAAGAACAUGAUCUCCAGGAAGUAGACUAUCUAUGUGAAGAUGGUCCCAGCAACGAAUCUAGUAGAACUGGAAGUCCAGGAAUAAGUGAUUCUGAAGAUGUUGUUAUGAAGACUAGCAGAAGGUACAAAGGAAUGCCUAAAAGGAGAGAAGCAGAAGCUAGGUUAAGUGGUUUUAUUGAUCAACAUUAUUGGAUAAAGGAGGAAAUAUGUUGUGGAGUAAUAUUCAGAGGCAGAUAUAAUGAAAUAAUGGUGGAUCCAGCCUAUUUGAAGCCUUGCCUUAGCCGGUUGAACAGGUGUAAACUUGGUUCCAGCAAUAAUAAGCCCGAGAAUGAACAGUGCGAUACUACUACGUCCACAAAAGCUUUUAGCGAUAACAGUUCGGAUUCUGGUUAUGAUGAAUCCUCAAAUCCAGGUCCCUUGGCUGCCAAUAACGCUAAUUUUCAAAAGGAUGAAGUAGGUUUAGAAGAGAUAAAUAGUCAUAUUCCAGAGGCAGUUGUCAACUAAUGCUUUUCCGAAAUGUGUCAUGUGUCGAUUUUUAGAUUGUUUUUAUUAUUCUUUUUUUGUAAUUUAUUGGUAAAUGUAUAUUUUUCUUCGUUGUUAUAUUUGUAACAAAUGUACACAGAUUAUGUUGUCCAGAGAAGAGAGAUAUUUUUUAUUAGAUUUUAAUAAAGUGGGCUAGUCUAUUUAAUCAAUUUGAAAAGUUAUUUUGAAAUGAAUGCUAAUAUGUUCGGGUUAUACGAACUCAAAAUCGAUUUGCAAUUAACACACUAUCUAAAUAUCAUGUGUUGAUAAUAAAUACUCUGGAGAUAAUUUCAUUUGAACAUGGGCGUUCAUUUUAAAAUCUCUACAUUUGAAAAUAACUUGUCCACUCUUAGAAUUAAGUUUCUCAAGUAAUUUUAUUUAAUCUAAAGUGACUUCUUUAUAUUCAUAGUAUAAUUAAUUGUUAAGUAUCCACACAUAUUUAUCGGAAGUACAAAAAUGACACAAAUGAAAAAAAAAUAGUUGAAUUAUUAGGUGCAAUAAUUACAAAAUGUCUGAUCUCAGAGAAUUUGCACUGAUUUUUUCAUGAGUAACUGCAUCCCUUAUUCCAUUUAUGGUGUUGAAUUGCAACCAUAAUCAUCAAAUAUUAUGGCAUAUUUUAUUAUAUUUGGAGGCUGAAACUAAAAAUAUUCUAUUAUUUAUCAUCUGCAAAAAAAUUUGCUAUUAAUAAUAUUAGUUUAUGGAUUUGACCAUAAUUUGUUAAAUAAGAUGGACGAUUUAUAUAAAAUCUAACACGUUUUAAAUUUUAAGAAAAUUGUAUGUAUGUCAUUUCAUUCAUGGUGACAUCGUUUUAUUAUUAGUUUAAAACUAAAAUUUUCACUUCGUUAAAUUUUUUUGCAAAUAUUUGUUAUUGAAUCUUUUUGCUUCUGAUGAUUUGAUGAGUAUACUUUCCAUUAAAUGAAAUAUUUUUCUGUUUAUUAGGAAGUGUAAGUGCUAAAAAACUUAUAUCUUACAUCUAUAUGAUUGAAGCGACUGAUUGUCAGAUUGAGUUCCUUUAAAAAAGGGAACAUAAUAGUGGACGAAAGUUGGGGGAAUUUAAAUAAUUUUUUUUCUUUUGUAUUAGUAGUGUAAUGUUUUUUCAAUUAUUAAUUCAUUAUCAAUUAAUUAAAAUGAAGUGAAUUUAUACCCAGUUUCUUACUUACUUAAGUUACACGCGUAAACUCGACACUAUAAUAAUUUACUGAUCACUACUUAUUUAAUUAAAUAUUCACUAUUUUUAUAACUACUUUCAUAAUUUAUGCAAAUUCACUAGUUACUUUCUACUAUUUCAUUCUCUGUAAACUAUAACUUUUAAUUAUAAAAUUACUCUCGCUGCCAAAAAAAGCACGAAUUUAUAUCUGAAAGGAAUAUCUAGAAAGUAAACAGAAAACUAAAUGAUAAAGCCUUCCAAGAAAUUGGUUAAAUAAAAAACAAUGUAUACAUAUGUAAAAACAAACAUCAAACGAAUUCUGCGAACCAGCAUAUUGACAAAUAGUACGACUUUCAUUAUAACUGAACAGCCUUCACGGUCCAUGUCGUGGACGAGGAAAGCUUUGGUCUCUAAGUAUAUUAAUCAUUAUAUAAAAUUUUGAUCUAUGGUUGUAAUUUAUCAUCAGGUAAUUUAUAAAUUUUUAGUCAUUAACACUAGUAAUUAAAACAGAAGAUUCCAAAAGAGAGAGAUAGAAGAUAUUUACUAUAAUCGUAUUUCAUUAUUUAUUAAAAACAAUUUUAUCCAUUGAUAUUCGAGAUAUUUACAUUAUUAUAUAUGAUUAUCAAUUUUCUCAUAAUUACGUUGUUAGAAAAAAAGAUUUCAACUAGACUUCAGUUCAUGGUUAGAUAAUUAUAAAUUUUAUUCUUGUAUAUCAGUCACGUCAAUAAAUAUAUAAAAUAAGAAAUUUUCAGAAGUCCUCAGGAACAGCUACAAUUUUGAUGAUUUUUUGUAUAUUUCUUUUUGUAAUAAUCAAAAUCCUUCUGGAGCCGUUAUAAAAUGAGUUAGGUAUAUAUAAUAUACCUGAUAUCAAUGUAUAUGUUAAUUUUUUCUAAAGUAAUUUUUUUAUUAAUGUAUUAUUUUUCAAUAUUUUUCAUAUUUCAAUAUGAAAUAUAUUAAUAAUAUCAGAUUACAUUUAAUUGUUUAAGGAAGCGUUUUGAUUUACCAUUCUCUGCACCUACAUCUACACAGAUAUUUUGUGCAUGUCUGUUUUUAGGUACUUAAGUCUUUUACUCACAGGACAUUCUCAGAGGAGAUGCUUAGCAGUUGUCGUCCUUUGCUAUAUAGUAGAUGCCCAGCUAUCCUAUUGUUCUGAGGUGGUUUUUGACAGGACAGUGACUUGUCAGAAGACCACCAGUUUACAUUCAUUUCAAUGUUGAUAUGACAUCCCAUGAGGUCUCAGUAGGACUAUGGUCCAAAAUAUAGAGUUACCCCCUUUUUGGCAACGGGUCUGCUUCCUCAUAGCCCGAUAUACCCUAAUGGCCUGGUAACCACAAUAGUGUUACUUUGUUUCUGUAAUCCAGUGCUUUUACGUUUGUUCACACUCCCACUGGCUUGGACCUGCAGUCAAUAGCCUUUACAUUUGCUUAGCUAUCAAAGAGAAUAAGCGCAUAUGUUUAUUGCUAGCAACUGUUUCUGAAAAAUAGUGUGUGCUUUUCCUACUGGUAUGGAGAGUCUAAAAAUCCUCAUUCUAGCUUCUUGGACUAACUUCGAACAAUCUGUAUAUCACAGAGAUGCAUUUCCUGUUUGUGAAAGUCCUUUAUUGACCAAUAAUUGGUGGUCAUAAAUUGCCACUUGCCACAAUGGUAUGCAUUUGGUCUAUUGGUUGUUCACUGCUUUCUAGUUCAUUGUUUUAAAUAAUAUCAUCAAACAUAUCAUAAAUCUCUUUUUCUCGUUAUACAUGGAUAUGAUAAAAAAUUAUUUUUACAUUAAUGUAGAAAUUUUUUCAAUAAUAUAAUUCAUUUCUUCCCCGCUUCAAAAAGUUUCCGAUUUUAAAUAAUAUAUAAAAAAAAAGAAAAUUGAGAAAAAUAUCAAAAUCUAUUUCUGAGGAUUUGAGAUAAAACUUUACUGAUGUCAUUAUAUUGAAUUAUUUUCAUCUCUCUAACAAGCAGAAUCUUAUUGGUGUUGCCAGUCAGUCUCGUAUUGUUUAAUAUAAUUUCGUGUCCAAAUAAAUUUUGAUUAAUUGUCUCUGUAGAACUUUUUUCAAGAUGUGUUUACAUAUUUUCCUAUUUUUCUGUUAGGGAUUUGAAAUUAUUUCCCUAGGAUCCAACAUCGUGUGACAUAAUUUGAAAGUAAUAUUGUCAUCAGUCAUGUUUAUUUAUUGACCAAUUCUUUGGUUUUAGAUUUCAUAAAAAUACUGGUUUAAAUAAGUAAAGUAAAUGUUUUGUGUCCCUAUAUUAUAUAUUUGUCCAUAUCUCAAUAAAAAAAUUGUACUUAAUCAUUCACAAGACGCGGACCAAUCAAUUAUAAAAGAAUCAUAAAAUCAGAUAGAGGAACUUUGUCAAGAUGAUGUGAUGAACUAUCAUUUUUCAGUAAAAAUUCUUUCUUUGUACUGUUAAAGAAUUUGCUGACUGUUGACACACAUCUGUCUUUUGUACUAAAUUCAAUUUUUCUGCAGCAUCGGUUAUAAUUAGUUUUAUUAUUGUUCUAUAUAUCUGUAUUAUUGUGUUUUCGCUUAGCUGCCUUCUUCGUAUUUGGUGUAUUAUAUGCAUUUUUUCAUUUCUUUGGACAUUUCCCAAGAUAUAAAUGUAAUGAAAUAAUAAUUUCAUCGAACAUACCUAAAUGGGGUAAUUAAGGAAAUAGGUUGUAUAGUAAAUAUUCUUAAAAUCAUAUCAUUGACAGCAGUGUCUUUAUAUAUUAACUGCCAAGAAUUUAAAAAAUAAAAACGUAUGUGUUCCUCUUUGUAAAACACAAAUUAGAUAUCUUAAGGUAUAUUUAGGUCAUUACUUUGUUUUUACUCUUAAAAGCUCAGCAAUAUUUUUAAGAAUGAAUCUUUAUUCUAAUUGAUGUUUAAAUGACUUUAUACAUUUCUUUUAAAUUUAUCUGAUACUUUAUAUUUCCGAUCAAUUAAUUUUUUUAUUUUUGCAUAUUUUAAUUAAAGAAAUUGUUGAUUUUAAGUAGUGUCACCUGUAGUGAAAAACUACUUUUAUCAUUUUGUUGUUAUCAAAAGUAAGAAAACAGUGAAAUUUAAAGUUUCAGAUUGAAAUCAUCUUAUUUCACAUAAUUCAAGAUACUCAUGAUGUACAAUAUUUUGUAAAGGCUGGUGCAGAUGUAAUAUGUAUAAAAUAUUGAAUUGAUCACAUUGGAUUAACUAUUUCUUUUUGUCAGAAUUUAUUAUUAAGCUGCUCUGAAAUUGUAUUUAUAUUAUUAUUUUAUUCACAAUUAUUUAUUAAGUAUUUAUGUUUGUAAAAAAACGUCCGUUUCGAUUUUCUUGGCAGUUUUCAUAGCGAUAAAAUAUAAUUAUGAAAUUGAAAAGAAAUUCUAAAUGUGCGGACUUCAAAUGUGAUAUUUAUACAAAUGUCAUAUUGUUAUAAAAAUUAUAUUGAAAGCGGACAAAAAGAAACGUUGAAAAUUACUGAUGUGCCAAGAUCGAUGUAGGAUAUAUAUUCAAUGAUUCCGGUGGAUGACUUCUGGUUAUUUGAAGGGUAAUUUCUACCACCAACCACCCUCAACUCAAUAAAUUUAGUGUAUUUCGAUUAGAAAAAUGACACUAAACUGUUUCAAAACUAUUUGUAUUAAUCAAAAAUGUUUCAACAACAUUAUUAAUCUACAAUCUGAAUUACAAACAAAGAUUUUUACUAAUAUAUUUCACCAAAAAAACAUGGACCAUGCAAACUUUUAUGCUACAGGAAUCCGAUUCCUCUCAUUAAACGCAUUAAACUCAGAAAUUUGAAUUGAGAAAAUGCUUAUCAUAGAGCUUUUUAUAAUUUACUUUAUUUAGUACGCACAAAUGUACCCUCUAGUAACUUUAGUAGAAUCAAAAUUUGAAUAUGAAAUUUCGAGAAGUUAAUUUUUUUUAAAUUUCAUUUGUUCACCUCUUUAUAAAGUGUUUACCACUAAUAUAAUAGCUAUGUUAGAAAAAAAUUUCAUCCCCUUUCAGCAUGAGUCACAUGAUAGUGUCAACUAAAUCACCUAUUCAUUAUUUAAAACCUAAAACUUGAUUAUUUUGAUUAUGAAGAAUAAUUUUUUGUUGUUAUAAGGUAAGAUAACAAGAAAUAUAACUAUGUAUACAAAAACCAAUACAAUAGAGCUUGCAGUAAAUUUUGGAAAGUGAGAAUUCUUUAUUAAACAAUAAAUCCAAGCUUUCGGGAAGUUUUCUUCCCAUCAUCAGAGAAACUUGUAUAUCCAAUGUGAAUCCUGGUUGAAGAUGAGUGUUGUUGCUGUUGUAAUGUGUUUGUAAAUGGGAUGAUAAUUUUGUCAAUAAGCAAACAGUAGUUUAUGGCAGGUAGUAACACUAAUAGUCAUCCAUAGGAGUCAUCGAAGAGACAUAACAAAUACUCCUCAAGUAUUUUAAAGUGCAAAUGUUGAAAACACACCCGAUUUAUUUCUUAACAGUUUUAUCAGAUUUAAAUCAAUCUCCAUUGAUUCAUAUUCCUUUUUAAAAUAAAUUAGAUAAUUUAUAAUUGAGAUUAUAGAAUUGAAAUUUUUUAAAUGCCUCUUUUACUUUCAAACUCUCAUGUUCAAAUUCAAAAUUGCAUAAUGUCUACGAAUAGAAAUAAAUUGGGUGUUUUUAAAGCAUACCACUUAGUUUAAAAAAACAUUAACAGAUUUUUGUAACGUCUCAAAGUGACUCUCUUGUCCUAAAAUUUUAUACCCAUUUUUAAAUGUUAGACGAAUUGUAGCUAAAAUGCUCUUAAGUCGGAGAUGGAAGUAUUUUUGAUAACAAUGAAUCAAAUGUACCAAAAAAAAUUUCAUAUACAGACCGGGCUGUAUCUGAUAUGUUUGAUUAAUGGUGUCAAUUUUUUUAAUACGUUUUUCGAAAUGUAGUUUAUUCAGUGUGUUUUUAAAAAAAAAUUAAUAAACAAAAAUAAAAAAGUAUUAGAAAAUUUUAUGAGUUCGUAUAAAUGGAAUAUAUUUUUUGUUUAAAAAAUUUAAAAAAAACUUCGCAUGAACAGACGUACGUUUAUAAAUUUGUGCUCGUUGGUUUCAUAUAAAAAUAUUUUGAUAUAGUGAUAUAGUGAUAUUAUCUAAUUGAUCAACAUGUUGGGGUUAAUCAGGGUAUUUCACACGAUUUAACUCUUUCACACCAUUUACUUUCUAUCUUAUUCCAGUUUUUCUCUGGACGGACCAAUCCUUAACGUAUGUCUGAGGUACUGAUCGUACAUCCAAAGUUAUACAAAGUGGUUAAUAAUUUUAACAUGCCAAGCCCCAACCAAAAUUGAUAAACUUUCCCCAGAGGCCCGAAACGUGUUUUUACACUUCCUAUAGAGUGUGGAUCAAAAAAAAAAAUUAUUUGAAGUUAAAAAUGCGACAAAAUGAUCUAUAUGGUGGCUCUGGGCCCUUUUUCCGGAGCCCAGAGCAUGACGUGUUGAUGUUUUCUACAAGGCAUUCUUUUGAGACAGUAAAUAUCGAAAGAAGAUCAGGAGUGGUUAUAAAGCCUCAAGACAUUGUCGACUACAACAAAGGCAAAUCUUUUAUUCAUCUAUAUGAUCAAAUGCCAGCCACUUCUUUGAGAAAGACGUUGCUAUGGUACAGUGAAAUCUCCUUUGGAUGGACACCAACUGGACCGACUGAAAGUGUCCGUUCAAGAGGGGUGUCCGUAUAAAAGAAAUACAACAAAAAUCGUGUUUUUAAUGAAAACUGAAUAUAUUAAAGAAACUGGGACAUUUAAAACGUAUAUGUAUAUAAAUGUUUUUAAAAUAAACAAAAAACUUUAAACUUAAGAAAAAAAGGUUUGUUACCUUUAGAUAUAUACUAUAGGAAAAUUUUGGUAUUGAGCUGUUAUUUAGCACAGCAAUGAUAAAUACCUAUAUUCUUUAUAAAAGAAUAACGAAGAAGAAAACAGCAAUAACUGAUUUUCAAAUCAGUGUAGUAAAGAAGUUACUGCAAAUAAAGAAACUACCGAUGCUACUCAUCAAGACGCCAAAACUAAAAAACCCAUUGACUAGUAAAGAAAGAAGGUCUAAGUCACAAGUUGAGAUUAGAUUGCGUGAGGUACAGUGCAAAAAAAUUGAGAAAACUCAUUGUAACGUCUAAAGUACAAAAUUUUUACAAUGUUAGUUUUGAAAAACUACAUUAUUGUAUUCCCUUUUUUUUAGCAAAACAUAAAUAAUUGUUAUUAUAUUGUAAUAUGUUUUUAUUAGUCAUGUUUUUUAUACCCUUACAAACAGAAUUAACAAAAAUAGGUACAGUUAAUGUAAAAGUAGCACAAAAUAAAAUUUUCAAUCAAAUAUUAUUCGAAUGAUGUCGAAAAACAUGAAAACUAGAACAAAAUCGAAUAGACCAAGUGUAAGGUAAUGCUCGAAGGACUCAGGACGGUCCAACCAAACUCUGAAUCUCUUUCAAAUACAGUCUUUUCGGCCGCGAAGAAGGUUGGAAAUGAAAUAUGUCUUUGGAGGACCGCUCUAGACUGUGGGGAAAGUUUAGCUGCGGGCCAGGGCUCAACGUGUUAAACAUUAAUUUCUAAAGCUGACAAUAUCUACGGUCAAAACUAAGGGUACUUUUUAGAUAAUUUUAUACUAUCGCGGUCACUUUGUUUCUUACUCUAUAAAAUAGAAAAAUCAUCCGAUUUCAUUUUUUUAAGUUUCGUUUAUAUGACAGAUUUACAAAAAAAGUAAUUGAAAUCAGGUGGUUUUUCGAUUUCACGCGAAUAAGAAAAAAAUGGAAAGUUAUAUUAGUUUCAGGACUCAAGUGUUCAUGUAAGCGCACUUAUUCACUGUAACUGUUGAUAAUUUUUUUAUAUUUUUAUAAAUGAAAUUUUUCUAAAUUUUUUAAUAUAUAAAAAACAUUGAUUUUUCAUAUUCUUGCUGAUUAAAAUAAUAACUUUUUGAGGUCUAAAAACUGUUUUUCGUGACUUUUGGCUUCAAAUUACAUUUUUAGUGGCAAGUUGAUACAAAAAUCAUUUUAUCGGAAAAGUGCACAAGGGGGAAUUUUGGUUUACAGAUAAAUAAAUAAUUGAUUGGAGUGUUCAAUCAAAGCUGAAAAAUUUCACUAUUCUACGUUAUGUUCGUGACUGGUUUGUUCAAAUUUUAUAUUUGAAAAGUUUUUGUUACCAAACCAUAAAAAAUGCUCUUAUACUUGUAUUUUUCAAUUUUUUUAAAUUUAAUUAAACCAUUAUAAGGAU